AUGGCCUCACAAUUCGUGCUUAAGACAUCUCAGGAUAUUGAAUUAUUCCAGGGAUACCCAGUUUUCAAACAACAAAGUACUGAUUCGAAUGAUAGUCAAACUAUUUCCUCAUUAAUAUCUCCAUGUGGUAGAUUCUUAGCAUUUUCUACCAAGACAGAAGUUAAAGUGUUUACUGGUGAAACAUUAGAAACUCAACUAUUCAAACUACCAUUGAUCGAUGUCUAUGAUUUACACUUUUCUCCAUCAGGUAAUUAUUUGAGUACUUGGGAAAGGGCGUCCAACAUCGAGCCAGAUCAUAAGAAUGUUAAGAUCUGGUAUUUGAACGAAGAAUUCCAAGAUGAUCAACCCAUAGAACCAGUUUAUGAAUACCAAGCAAAGACUCAAAACGGCUGGUCCUUACAAUUCUCUAAACUUGAUAAUUAUGCUAUCAGAUUAUUCAAGAAGGAACUAAGAAUUGUUAAAGUGGAUCAUAAACAUAAGAGAUUCGAUUUUGAUAAUCCAUAUGCCACGUUAACUCAAGAGUCAGAAACGCAAUUUUUCUCCACCUAUUUAAUUUCACCAGCAGAUCAUCCAACGAUUUGUACUUUCACUCCAGAAAAGGGGGGCAAACCUGCUCUCUUAACCAUAUGGCCCAUUCUAGAGGGUAAGAUUACCAAAAAGAUUGCCACCAAGACUUUCUUCAAGGCAGAUUCAUGUCAAUUGAAAUGGAAUCUACAAGGUAACGCCGUAUUAUGUCUUGCCAUCACUGAUUUUGACUCUUCCAACCAAUCAUACUAUGGUGAAAAUACUUUGUAUCUGUUAUCCUUCCAAGGUGUCAACGGUACACUAGGUGGUAGUUCAGUUCGUGUUUCAUUAACUAAGGGUCCCAUCCAUGAUUUCACCUGGUCCCCCACUUCUAGACAAUUUGGUGUCAUUUCUGGGUUCAUGCCAGCUACCAUUGCAUUUUUCGAUUUGAAGGGGAACGUGGUACAUUCAUUACCACAACAAGCUAAGAAUACGAUGCUUUUCUCCCCCACUGGUAGAUACAUCUUAAUUGGUGGGUUUGGUAAUUUGCAAGGUUCUGUAGAAAUCCUAGAUCGUCAUGAUAAAUUUAAGUGUAUUACUAAAUUUAAUGCAACAAACACAUCCGUGUGUAAAUGGUCCCCCGGUGGUGAAUUCAUAAUGACUGCAACUACUUCACCUCGUUUAAGAGUGGAUAAUGGGAUUAAAGUGUGGCAUGUUACUGGGAAACUAGUAUUUGUGAAGGAAUUUAAAGAAUUAUUGAAAGUGGAUUGGAGAUCACCAUGUAAUUUUAAGACCAUAAAGGAUUCACACAUUAUUAAGGAUUGGAACCCAAUUUCCACUUCCAAUGACGAACCCUUGGCAUUAGAUCCUAAGAUUUCAUCCAAGGUGCAAUUACAAGUGGAUGCCAGUGUUGCUGCAUUUGAAGCCAAGAAUCCCAAUACUGCCAAUGCUAAUAAAGGUGGGACAUCUAAUGGUCAAGGGAAGCCAGCGGGUGCUUAUAGACCACCUCAUGCAAGAAGAUUAGGUAGUAAUACAUCCAGUGGAAGUAACAGUUCUAACGCGUCUGCUGGACGUGUUAGAACGGUUCCAGGUAUGGCUCCACCAAAGGAAAAUAACGUUGCUGCUAAGAGUAAGAGAAGAAGACCUAAGAAGGAGAACACUCCUGAUGCAAAUACCAUUCAAAGUAAUGGUGCGGUGGUAGAUGGUAGUGCUAAUAAGGAAGCGUCUCCUGAAGAGAAGAAAAUCAGAUCUUUAUUGAAGAAGUUGAGAUCAAUUGAAACUUUGAAGCAAAGACAAGCUGUCGGUGAUAAAUUGGAGGACACUCAAGUGUUGAAAAUUCAAACUGAAGAGAAAGUGUUAAGUGAUCUACAAAAACUUGGAUGGAAGGACGAGUGA